UACCGUAACCACGUGGACUAGUCUGCAGAGAAACCUACACGUACAUAGAAGAUCAAGAAACAGACUCUGUUGCUAUGUUUUCAGAGGAGAGUGAGGAGCGAGUGGCGAGGGAGGCUGCUCUGAGGGAGGAGAGGGAAGAGCGCGGCCUCAGUCUGAGAGACACGCGGGACAGGGUUACAAAAUACGACAGACUUGUCAAAAACAAAAAAACAAAGAAUAUUAAAGAUAAGAAACUUCGUCGUUUCAUCAAAGAGAGCGAUGGUCAGCAUAAGAGAGCGGCUAAGAAGGCUGCUCGGAGUGAACUACUGCUCCAAGAGGAACCAGGGUAUUUGGAGGCUGAGCAAAUGGAGAGGACGUAUCGUUUCAAGCAAGAGGACAUUGCAGCAGCUGUUCCACUAGCCAGCAGUGUGCAAUACUUUGAUUUGAAGUUGGACACUUUUGGACCAUACAGUAUCAACUAUUCACGAAAUGGAAGCCACCUGUUACUUGGAGGUCAGAAAGGUCAUCUGGCUACUGUUGGAUGGAAAGAAAAAAAGCUGGGGGCAGAAUUUCAUGUCCGAGAAACAGUUCGUGAUGUCCAGUUUCUGCACAAUGAGAUGAUGUAUGCCGUGGCCCAGAAGAGACACGUGUAUGUGUAUGAUACCUCGGGGAUGGAGCUGCACUGUCUCAAAGCUCUUAGGGAGGUCAACAAGUUAGCCUUCCUUCCCUACCACUUCCUACUAGUCGCUGCGAGUGACCAUGGUAAUCUGAACUACGUGGAUACGUCGACUGGUCGACCAAUCACAGAGCACCGCACAAAGAUGGGAUCACUGCGAUGUAUGGCACACAACCCUCACAAUGGAAUAGUGCAUCUUGGACAUCAGAAUGGUACUGUGACGCUGUGGAGCCCUAAUAUGCACACAUCGUUGGUCAAGCUGCUCUGUCAUCAAGCGCCUCUCACGGCCAUUGCCAUAGAGACGGGAGGAUGGUACAUGGCCACUGCUGGUAUGGAUGCAAGACUCAAAAUAUGGGACAUCAGAAACUACAAGGAGCUGCACUCCUAUCAGACGUAUCGUCCUGCAGUGUCUCUGUCUGUGAGCCAACGAGGACAGCUAGCUAUGGGACGUGGGCGUGUGGUGGAGGUGUGGAGGGGUGUACUAGGGGGCGUGGUUAAGCAGUCAGGCCCCUAUAUGACACACAGUGUCAAUGGAGAAGUCAAUGAUGUUGAGUUCUGCCCAUUUGAAGACUGCCUUGGUAUUGGCCACAGUUCAGGGUUCACUAGUAUCAUAGUCCCAGGUUGUGGAGAGGCCAACUUUGAUGCUCUGGAGGCUAAUCCUUAUCAGACAAAGAAGCAGAGACAAGAGGGGGAAGUCAAACAACUGCUGGAGAAGAUUCCCUCGGAGUUGAUAGCGUUGGAUCCAGACACCAUCAGUAGAGUCAACCCCGGGCCAACUGAGGAAGGCAGUCAGGAAUCGACUGGCAGAGGAGGUGUAAAAGAAAAGAGGAAGACUCGUGGGAGGAGUAGCCUCUCUAAGAAGCUUCACAAAAAGCGAGGGCGUAAAGACGCCAUAGCAACGGAGCUAAAGCGAAAGAUGCAGGUGGAGGAAACAAAUGAAGAAACUAAAGACUUGAACAAUACCACCCCACACAAACAUGUACUAGAUAGAUUUAGAUAAUAAUUUAUUUACUGUGCUCUAUAAUCAUAAUGUACUCAACAAUCAUGUGUCUUUGAAUUAUUAAUGAA